GGACUCGAUGGUGUGGGUUGCAGCGGCGCAUGCGCGCAGGUCUCGGAUGGCUCAGGCUUGUUUACAGGGAGGAGUAGGCCGCAGCCUCGGGCUGUAGUUACCGCCCCCUCGUCCUACCCGACAACGGGAGGCGCUUCAUGGGGCCAUUGUGAACCGGGGCCAUGUACUCCCCGCAGCGCCGGGACUUUCUGUCCGUGACUGUGAACCAGGCCGAGGGCUACAAUAACAGCAAGGGCUGGAGGAGAAAGUCCUGCUGGAGGAAAUGGAAGCAGCUGUCGAGGUUCCAGCGCAACAUCAUUCUGUUCCUGUGCGUUGUACUCGCUGUCUGCACCGUGGUCUCCUUCUCCAACCUGGGCGAGCACUGGAGGGCCCUAAUCAGCCAAUCAGAAGAGCAUUAUGAGUCCCAGGAUGGGCCUGGGGUUAAAGCCGUGCUGCCGGCCCCUAAGAGAGAGGAAGACUCAGACCUGAUGUUGCUCAAACCUCCUGCUCAGAAACCCAGGAGACCCCACAAACGCGGCCCCCCCAUCUUGCAGCCACCCCCUACGCCAGGCCAGAAAGUGGAAGACAACGAGCAGAGACCGGACCAAGUUGAGAACCAGCAGCCAGUAAUCAGCUGGCGCGGCGCCGUUAUAGACCCAGUCCAACCCUCGGAACCUACUGUGAAUAAAGUACAAAAGGCGACUGCAGCUGCUCCGGUUGCCAAUGAAAAGGAACCAGUCCCCAUCAGCGAGCGUCAGGAGGCAGUGAAGGAGGCAUUCCGCCAUGCUUGGAAGGGCUACACGGAGCACGCAUGGGGGCACGAUGAACUGAAGCCCAUCUCUAAAUCCUACAGCGAGUGGUUCGGGCUGGGGCUGACCCUCAUCGAUGCCCUGGACACCAUGUGGAUCAUGGGACUGAAGGAAGAGUUUGAGAAAGCCCGGGAGUGGGUCAGCAAUCGGCUCACCUUCGACAAGAACGUAGACGUCAACCUGUUUGAGAGCACAAUCCGGAUCCUGGGGGGGCUGCUGAGCACGUAUCACCUGACCAAAGACCCCAUCUUCCUAGAUAAAGCUAAAGACAUCGGUACCCGCUUGCUGCCAGCCUUCAACACUCCGUCCAAGGUUCCUUUCUCCGAUGUGAACAUUGGGCGUGGGACGGCCCACCCCCCUCGCUGGACCUCUGACAGCACCGUGGCCGAAGUGACCAGCGUACAACUGGAAUUCCGGGAGCUGAGCCGAAUCACAGGGGACGACCGCUUCCAGAAAUCCGUCGAUCAGGUGACCCAGCACGUGCACAGUCUGCCCGGGAAACGGGACGGUCUGGUACCGAUGUUCAUCAACACAAACAGCGGCCAGUUCACUCACCUGGGGGUGUUCACUUUGGGCGCCAGAGCUGACAGUUACUACGAGUAUCUGCUGAAGCAGUGGAUUCAGAGCGGCAAGAAGGAGAAUGGGUUCCUAGAAGAUUACAUGCAGGCUAUCGAGGGAGUGAAGAAGAACCUUCUGCGGAAAUCCCACCCCAACCAGCUGACGUUUGUGGGAGAAUUAUCUCACGGGCACUUCAGUCCCAAGAUGGACCACCUGGUGUGUUUCCUUCCCGGAACGCUUGCCCUAGGAGCUCACAACGGCAUCACGGCGGAUCACAUGGAGAUCGCCACGGCCUUGAUGGAAACCUGUUACCAGAUGUACAAGCAGAUGGAGACCGGCCUGAGCCCCGAGAUCUCCCACUUCUUCCUGAGCGGGGCACAGAAGGGCAGCAAGGAUAUCGAUGUGAAGCCGGCCGACCGCCACAACCUCCUACGCCCAGAGACAGUGGAAAGUCUCUUCUACUUGUACCGCUUCACCGGUGAUACCAAAUACCAGGACUGGGGGUGGGAGAUACUGCAGAGCUUUAACAAAUACACGCGGGUUUCGGGUGGCGGUUUCACUUCCAUCAACAACGUACAGAGCACCGAGAACCCCGAGCCGCGGGACAAGAUGGAGAGCUUCUUCCUGGGCGAGACCCUCAAGUACCUGUACCUGCUCUUUUCCGACGACGUGGACCUUAUUAACCUGGACAAGUUUGUGUUCAACACGGAAGCCCACCCGCUGCCCAUCUGGAACUCAUAGCGCCACCCGCUGCUCUUUUCCUAUUUGGAUAAAGCGGGAGAUGAUCCCAUGGUGGGGGUUGUUCUGUUCAUGUUUAUUCUCUGCACUUCCUGGGAGAAGCUGCUUCCUUCCUGCUCUGUGUAGGGACAGGCGAUAGGGCAACCAGCCAUUCCUCCGACCAAUCACGAGUGGCUCUACUCAGGACUUGGCGGGUAUAAAGUGCAGUUAUCAACGCUUUUUUUUUCCUCCAUCCGACCCCUUCCCAAGUGCUAAUUGCUCAUUAACGUCUGUGACGCAGCAGAGUUGGGUUGACCUAUAUAAGGGGCGUCAGGAGACAUUGUAACACUCAGGUACUGAAGGGGUUAAAGUAGUUGACGUUCCUCUGGCCAUAACUGGAUCUCCGGGGCAGAACCCGCCCUGCGUUUUUAUUUUACGGGAACACUGUGAAGCGCCACGCAGCGCAGCAUCUCAUCGCGGAUGUAAAUAUUUCUUGGUAACUUUGCCUCCAUUGCGCCUCUUUGGCGUCUGAUACGGAACCAAUUGUCUCUUUUUUUUUUAGCGGUUUUACAUUUUGACCUUUGUACAUAUCUGAGCCCCCGCCGCGGCGCCCCCUACUGACCAUCCCAAGUUUUUCUAUGUUCUAUCUUCUCGUGUUGAAUACAGGGUUAAUUUUUUACAUCGCCGCCUUGAAUUUGCUUUUCCUUCGACGUUCAUGGCGGAACAUCACGCUGAAUGAGGCUCCGCCUCCAUAUUUAUUUCAUAGAUGUGCCAGUGUUAUGCAUAAAGGAAUAUGGAGGUUUUGCCGCAGCCGAGACGUCUAAUUGGCUGGAAUUCCAGGAGACUGCGCUGGGCUACCUGCAAUGGUUUUUAGAUUCUCCCAAAUCCUAUCCCAUAAUAAUCUGCUCCUCUUCUUCACCUUGGUGUAUCCCAAGCCUGUCAGAGGGGGUACAUAAAAUGAAGCACCCCUCCUGGUUUUACCUUUACUUACCCUUUAAUCAGCCGUAUCAUUCCUGUACAAAUUCACCUCUGUUCUUAUCUAGUAGGUGGUUCAGAAGCAGAACCAGUACCAGAACCAAUGUAUUGUUACAUCAGGAGCUGAACGUCUCUACACGAGGUUUGGUUUUUUUCAGGGAUCAAAUAAUCAGAAAGCCUGUUUUGUUUUUUAAGUUGUUUUAAAUAUGGUCAAUCGAGUGAAGCAAUGGAUCAGAAUAAUAUAUACGUUUGCUAGAGAAUUCUAUAUAAAUAUAUAUAUAUAUAUAUAUAUAUAUAAAGGGUUUCUGAUUGGGAGACGAAUCUGGAUAUUUGUGUUUUUUUUAUUUUUUAAUGUUUUUUGCGCCUCACCACUGUACCUGGCAGUGAAAGGGUUAUGUGGAGGGUUAACCCUUUGUUGAAAUUGACUUAACAGACACGUGUAACCCUUUGCCUACAGGGAUUCGGGUUGGGGCGCACUUCUUGUUUACAGCCAAUGAUCGGUUCCUAUUAGAGAUUUAAUCAUUGGGCAGCUUUAUUAAAGGGCCACACUCUCUUUUCUUACAGUCAAUGUUAUUGGUUUGCUGGGAUUGGGCCAUGCAGAAAUAUAAUUACUCCCCAAACUUUGCAUCAGUACAUGCCCAGGGUGGGACUGAAGAUGCCUACACACAAGCCAAUAGUUUGGUUCCUCCAAACCAAGUCAGCAGCUUAUUGGCCCAUACAUAUAACCUUUCCUACAACCUGAUUGGCCAAUAUGAGGACCACAUUGGAGCUAUGAUGCAGUCCCCAGUACCCCAUGGUCUCUUUAUUAUACAUUGCUGCUCCCACCAGUUCUUAGCCACUAUCCCACUCACAUUUGGGCCCAAGAACCAGUCUUUUACUGGCAGAAAGGUGGGUUGAGGGUUAUGGAAUGGCGCCCCAUGCUGGUUCAUUACAUUGUACAGUGACAGUAAAGGAAACAUGUAAUAUAAUAAAGCAAAUUUUAAAAUA